GAUGGAAGAGAAAACUUAGGAAGUUGAAGUUUGGCAUUAAAAUAAAGGACUCGCCACCACUCUGUGCACCUUCUUGAGGGAGUUUAUUCGUCCGGAGCGCCUCACAGCUUAGUGCGCCUGCGCACGCGCGAACUGCGGCCCCGCCUCUCCUUUGGGGACGGGAGACGUGCGUCGGGUCGCGGAACGCGGGCUGCGCAUGCGCCUUCCUUUCGUCAGCCCGCUGCUGCGUGCUGCCAGCGGGAACUGUAGACGGGGAGAUUUUCGCUGCCGUGUUCCCCGAGCCUGUUAGACGCAGCGCCCCGGAAUACUGAGAGAGGAAAGGAUAGAGGAAGUGCUGCCCUAGGCUGCAUGAGUCGAAGCAAGCGUGUUUCCUUCCCGCCAGGCAAGUGCCCUUAGAAACCGGGCUCCGCCCCCUUCCUGGCCUGCAUUCCCAUCCCCUCUCCCUGGGCGGAGGUGAAGACCUCCUUGGUUCCUCUGGUUCUGUCAGUGAGCCCCUUCCUUGGCCAUGAAGCUCGUGAGGAAGAACAUCGAGAAGGACAAUGCGGGCCAGGUGACCCUGGUCCCCGAGGAGCCUGAGGACAUGUGGCACACUUACAACCUCGUGCAGGUGGGCGACAGCCUGCGCGCCUCCACCAUCCGCAAGGUACAGACAGAGUCCUCCACGGGCAGCGUGGGCAGCAACCGGGUCCGCACUACCCUCACUCUCUGCGUGGAGGCCAUCGACUUCGACUCUCAAGCCUGCCAGCUGCGGGUUAAGGGGACCAACAUCCAAGAGAAUGAGUAUGUCAAGAUGGGGGCUUACCACACCAUCGAGCUGGAGCCCAACCGCCAGUUCACCCUGGCCAAGAAGCAGUGGGAUAGUGUGGUACUGGAGCGCAUCGAGCAGGCCUGUGACCCAGCCUGGAGCGCUGAUGUGGCGGCUGUGGUCAUGCAGGAAGGCCUCGCCCAUAUCUGCUUAGUCACUCCCAGCAUGACCCUCACUCGGGCCAAGGUGGAGGUGAACAUCCCUAGGAAAAGGAAAGGCAAUUGCUCUCAGCAUGACCGGGCCUUGGAGCGGUUCUAUGAACAGGUGGUCCAGGCUAUCCAGCGCCACAUACACUUUGAUGUUGUAAAGUGCAUCCUGGUGGCCAGCCCAGGAUUUGUGAGGGAGCAGUUCUGCGACUACAUGUUUCAACAAGCAGUGAAGACCGACAACAAACUGCUCCUGGAAAACCGGUCCAAAUUUCUUCAGGUACAUGCCUCCUCGGGACACAAGUACUCCCUGAAAGAGGCCCUUUGCGACCCUACUGUGGCUAGCCGCCUUUCAGACACUAAAGCUGCUGGGGAAGUCAAAGCCUUGGAUGACUUCUAUAAAAUGUUACAACAUGAACCGGAUCGAGCUUUCUAUGGACUCAAGCAGGUGGAGAAGGCCAAUGAAGCCAUGGCAAUUGACACAUUGCUCAUCAGCGAUGAGCUCUUCAGGCAUCAGGAUGUAGCCACACGGAGCCGGUAUGUGAGGCUGGUGGACAGUGUGAAAGAGAAUGCAGGCACCGUUAGGAUAUUCUCUAGUCUUCACGUUUCUGGGGAACAGCUCAGCCAGUUGACUGGGGUAGCUGCCAUUCUCCGCUUCCCUGUUCCCGAACUUUCUGACCAAGAGGAUGAUUCCAGUUCUGAAGAGGAUUAAUGAUUGAAGCUUAAAAUUGAGACAAACUUGUGUUUCCUAAACUGUUACAGUACAUUUCUCAGCAUCCUUGUGACAGAAAGCUGCAAGAAUGGCACUUUUUGAUUCAUACAGGGAUUUCUUAUGUCUUUGGCUACACUAGAUAUUUUGUGAUUGGCAAGACAUGUAUUUAAACAAUAAACUAAAAGGAAAUAAUCUCCACGUACUACCAUCUUGAUUAAAUUGUGUAAUUUUUUAUAGGAAUUAUGAGUUAUCUGUAUGUAGUACUUGGAAACAGAAAAUGUGUGUAAUGACGAUGCCUGUACAGUAUAUUGUUUGGGAUAGAUUGCAAAAUUUCACACUGCAUGCUUUGAAACAGUUUUCCUUAGAAAAAGCUUUUGCUAUCUUAUCCGGUUUACAUUAUUUCUUUAUUUUAAUUCUGCAUUGUGUUCUUGCAUUGCAUUUAAUGAUCCCUUUUCUCCCCACCUCCACACACUACAUUUUUUUUAGAUUUAAAUAGUUUUACUAUUUUAAAUGAUUGCCGUACAAUUAGUAGACUUGAAGACAAGUUUUAAAUAUUUUUCUUCAAAGGCUUGUUAAACCAAUCAUGUUAAAAGGAAAUUCUUGGUUUUGGUUUGUUGUUGUUAGCAUUAGUCAUAUUUGAUUUAGAGGGUAACUUAAUCAGUUAUUUUUAGCUUUUUAGAGCUUUGAUCUGCUAGAGAUUGUCAAAAUAAUCUCCUUGAGCAUCUUUAUUUUUAAAAUGAGAUUAAAGUAUGUGAUUUGCUUGUUAUGUGGCUAA